CAGGUAGUUUUGAAGUGAAAGGUUUAAAGACAAAUAAACUUUUAUCUUAUCAAAAUUCAUUUUUUUUUUUUUUUUGAUAAUUUACAUGAGUUUGAAAUCUAAAACUGGCCAGUUCCGUUCUCAUGUUACAAAUUACCCGGGCGAAUUUAUGUGAAUGUACCGUGAAUCAUGUGAAUUUUUUCCCUAUUUUCCUGAACAAACAUAUCAUCACAAAUCACAUUUGUUUUAAUGUGACAUUUAACAAGCUUUUUGUCUUCAAAGUUCCUUUAAUUAUUCUACGCCACUAUUAGUGUAGUAAAUAUUUUAUGAAUUGUCCUGGCCUAUUACAUAGAUAGUUAAUAGUUCUUUUAUAUUACUUAAGUAACGGUGGAACGACCAGUAGCCACGUAAACACUAUGUGGUCUAAAAUUGUUGGCCAAUUAAAAAAUGCCAAUCAACAGCAUCUUUCCUCAUUAUUUAGUACACCACCAACACAACCUCCACCAUCAACACCAUUUAAACCACCUGAAAAGCCAUUUGCAAGAAGAAGGGGUUCUAGCGUAAGCUCGGCUAAACAGCGCCAGAGUAUAAUUUUUGGACAUAACUUAGAGAACGAGGCUUUAGAAAGAUCAAAACUAAAUACACGAAAAACAAUUCCUGCUGAGCAACAAAAUGAUCUGUGUUCGCUCUUUCGACAAUGUCAAAACUCUUCUGACGAAAAGGAACAAGACGUAUUAUUAAUUGCAACCUCACGUAAAUUUUGUGACAUAUAUGUUGAAGCUCCCGAGUUGCUUCAAGAGAGUUUCGAAGACCUUGAAUCUUUUACCAAAGCUAUAUCAAAACACUUAGUUACUUGUAUUCGCGGUAUUCUUCCGGCGGAAAAAGAUUUUAAGGCCAGUCAAGAGCUUUUGAAAAUUUUAUCUGAUGAAAAUCGAUUAUUAAUAAUAUUAAAAGCAAUUGACAUAUUAUGCUUUGGACCUUUGUAUAUGAGAUCAUGUCCUCAAACGAACUUCCUUCAGUCCUGAUAUAUACGUUACAGUGUUUCAUAGAAAAUAAUCCACAAGACGAAUUGCUUAAAUCCAAAGAGAAAAGUGAAUCGCUGCCAUCAGAUGCAUCAGCUUCUUUUAGUGUGAUAUCUGAUAUCAUGACGGAUAUUCUUGUUUAUUUCGUAACAAAGCCAAUAAUUUUGAGUCAGUUAAUUAAAC